CCCUCUCCUGCUCCCAUCAAAAGCGUCCCCAGCACCAGAGCCAAGGAGGGAGAAAAACAUAACAACAGGAAGGAAAGCAAGACAAAGCGGGCUGAGGGGGGAAAGAGAGCUGGAUGCGGGGUGAUCAGCAGCAAGGCAGACCUAGGAUAACCCGGAGGGUGCAAAGGUGUCAGAAGUCAAGGACCAACAAAUCCAGAUUCCUGCUGGGUUUCAAACGUCACCUUCUCUCCCCUAUCCCAGCCUCACCAAAAAGGCAUCUCCGCCCUCCCCCUCUUUUCACGACCUCAAAAAACAUCCUCAUGGAUUUCAGGCUUAGACUGUAAUGCAGGUGAGUGGAUCUGCUUCUGAAACGGAAGGUUUUGUUUUUAUUUUUAUUUUUGCAACAGGGGACUUACUGGGUGUCUUGCGAUGGUUAAACACCUGGAAAUCUCGAUUUGCGUUAAGUUAUAAUGGAGGGAGGGGGAAUGGCUGUAUUGGGGGGUUGAGAACAGAGGGACGAUGUGGCAAACGAGUCUCCCUUUCCCGUCCUUGAAGGCACUGUUUGCAGGGGGUGUGCACGCACCUUCGCAACAAAAGAGGGGCAGCGUUUGCUGAAGGGAUCGGGCGCCCCAGAUUUCGACAACAUGAAAGGCGAGAGAGAGAGAGAGAAAUGUGUUGUUUAUUUCUUGAUGCGGGGGGGAGAGAUCAAAAAGCAGGGAAAGAGAUGAGAAAGAGAGGGUGAUGAGUUCUUGUUUCCUCCGCCUCCCCCCCCCCAAGGUGGCAAUAAAAAGAGUGGGCGUUUGUUUGUGGUGGCUGUCGCCUCGGUUUGUUGUGACAGAUCAUUCUUUUGGGGGGUGCGUAGGAGGUGGGGAGAGGCUGGCAGGCUGAUGCGGAGAGGGUGGAGGUGCCACCGGGAGCUGGAAAAGUGUGUUUGCUGUGCGGGGGGGGGGGAGGAGGUGGAUGUCAAGGAGAGCCGACCAGUGUUUUUUUCCUUGCAAGCAUCAACACAAGAGGUUAAAAGAGGAUCUGGUGUGUGUGUGUGUGUGUGUGUGUGUCUGUCUGUCUGUCUGUCUGUGUGCUCGCAGAGUUCUCCCCUUACAGGUACCCUUAACGUCUCCUGACUGCUAGGAUGACAUUUGGGGAUAUUUUAAGCCGGUGAUGCCAUGGUGGUUAUGGGGAUACCGGAGGGCUUUAUAUAGAGACGGGUGAAAACUGCGGGUGGGUGAGGCACGCGCUGACACGUGUGUCCGGGCUCACAUGCAGAGGCAGACACGCAGACACAGUGCUUUCCUUUGUUGAAACACAAGGCGGUUAGAGAAUCUGCUUUGCCUGCAGAAAAUCCUAGGUUCAAUUACUGUCGGCAUUUCCAGGUCUGAAACCUGUCUGAAACCCUGGAGACCUGCUGCCUGCUGGUACAAAACAACAUUGAGCUAGAUGGACUUUCUGUGCUCCUAUUUAAUGAGGUCUUUUCCUCAGAACCAUGAGGACUAGAAUCUUGCUUGGCUUUUAAGGAAGGGAUGCAGUUCAGUGGUGGAGCAUUUGCUUCGCAUGCAGAAAGUCCCCAGUUCAUUCCUUGAUGGCAUUUCCAAAUGUGGCUAGGAGAGACUCUCUAGCUGAAACCUUGGAGUGCCUGGUGUAGACAAUAUUGAGCUAGACGGAGCAAGGAUUUUGUGUAAGUCAGUUUCCCGUGUUCCCAAGUAUGUAGAAAUAUAUGCAUCAGUGGGAAGACCGAUGAGCCCAGAGACACGCGGCAUGUGUGCAAAGGUUUAUUAAACACCCAAUUCAUAUAGUAUAAAUUGCACACACAGAACUGAGGUGCAUGUCACAUAGUGCUUAGGAUCCACUGUGUGCCACCUGUGCAACACACCUGUGCAACACACCAACACCAGGUGAACAAACAGUAUCACACAGGAGAUACCCGUUUUUCAUAGAAUCGUAGAAUUGGAAGGAACCACAAGGUUCAUGCAGUCCAACCCCUUGCAAUGCAGGAAUCUUCUGCCCGAUGUGGGGCUCAAACUCACGGCCCUGAGAUUAAGAACCUCAUGAUGUACCAACUGAGCUAUACCAGGCCUUUCCCCCCCUGUUGUUUCAACUAAAAUGUAUAUCCUCUUUUAAAAAAGAAAUCUGAGCAGGCAAAGGGUCAUGGCUAGGUCCUCAGGCCACCUUUGCCAUGAGACAGCAAGCCCUUUUCUCUCAGACUCAGUCCUCCUGUCUGCAAUAUGGGGAGAAUAAUACUGACCUGCCUCACAAGGUUUUUGCAAAGGUUAGAAUGGAAUGUAUGCAAAUACUCAAAAACGACAUAGAAAUUUUCUCAUUGGCAUUCUCUAAUAACAAGCGGAAAACUGGAAAAAUACUACCUCCAUAUUAACUCCCUUCUUGGCAACAUGAAUAUGUACUUUGUGUUCAGAAUUACCUCCUAGGAAGGGUAGAUUUAGGGCACUGGAACCACGGGGCACUUUGUAGGACAAGGGGGAUGGUUAGAGCAGCUGCCUUGCAUGCAGAAGUUCUCAAUCCUAAAUGGCAUCUUCUUCGAAACCCCAGAGAAGCCACUGCAGGCCCAUAUAGAUAUAGACCAGGGGCAGCCUAAAUGGGCCCCACCAACUCCCACCUGCCCCACCAGCAUAGCCAGUGGUCUGGGAUCAUGGGAAUUUUAGUCUGACAACACCUGGAGGGCAACAAGUUGGCUACCACCAGUGUUAAGGCAAUGCCCAGCCCCGCAGCCCUUGCAACUUCCAACUCCCUUGCGUCCAAACUUUUGUAAAGAAUCUCAACUUUCUUGGAUAUGCAUAGCCAAAAUCUAGGUCACGAAUUGCCAAAUCUGCAGUUGCGGCUGCGAAGAAGAUUUUCUCGUGGCCUGCAGAUUAGGUUUCGCUGUUACUUCUAGCGAGUUGACUCCGAAAGCCACUUCACACAUGCCAGAAGAGGACAAGUGUGCCUCUGCAUGUGUGAAUGAGCCACUAACAGAAGAAACUUGAGCAUUGUGCUCUGUUGGACAGAAUGCCAGUUUAAGUGUUUUGAGUGCUGUGAAUGCAUGCUGUCAACCAAUAUUGAAAGAUGUACAGACAACCCUCACCUUGGGUGAGUGGUGCUGUCAUUCUGAAUGGGUGCACGUGAAGGCCUUUGCUCCCUUCGGGAAGUAAACCUAGAAAUAUCAAGGCCGGAUCCCAGCUGUAGCUGCGUUUGGCUUUUUGGAUACAAGGCUGAUGAAAUGAAGCCAGAGGCAGAGGGUGUGAAGACAAAUAUCCAUCAAUGUGUUCCAGAAAUCAUGAUGCAAGGAAAAAGGAGUUGUGUGCAGUUGGGGAGAGCUGCCUGUUACUUUUUUUGGGGGGUGGGGAAGUGGGCUGUGGAAGCAAUCUCAGUGCCCUCUGCAUAUUUGCUGGACUACAACUCCCAUGGACUGGGGUGGUGCUGACGAGAGUUGCUUUGCACGGCAGAGAGUUCAAUCCCUGACUGCUCCACAUAAAAAGAAGGCAAGGGGAAAUAUAUUUCCAUGCCUUAGAUCCUGGAGAGAUGCUGCCAGCCAGAGUGGGCUGCACUGGGCCAAAUGGACAAAUAGUCUGAUACAGGAUAUAAGGCGGCUUUUCAUGUUCUGUGGGAAAGUUUGCCCAUAGCUGUACAUACAGAAAACAACAACAACCGCCUGUCACAUUGAUUGCAGCACAGCCUUGUAAGGUAGACCGGGAUUAUUGCGCCCUUGCUGCAGAUGGAAGGACUGCAAGAACCAGGGGGAAGUUCCCCAAUGUGCCAAAAUUGGAAUCAAAGGCUUUGGGUGAUUCAUACCAAUUAAUCCCAGCCAGCCUCGCAUCCUUUCCUGUUGUUACCAGAUGAGACAUUGCAAAUGCCGAUUGGAACUCCGCGUUCCGCCCAUCAGCAUGUUUUGGGAAGCGGCAGGGAGCACCCGGAGGCCCAGGGACAUGUGGAAUCCCCUGGAGGCCUCUCCCCCUCCUCGUCUCCCCCCCCACAGCCCGCACACACCCCGCCCCCCCCCGACACAGCAUAUCUAGGGCCAAGUGGUGAGCUCAUGGUGUGGGGUGAAACCCGAGGAGACAGAUGCCCUCAUUGGGCACUGCCAGGCUAUGAGCUCAGGAGGGUAUUUUUAGAGGCAGCGCACAACUUCAUUUGGUGGAGGAGAGAGCUGAACGGCAGCCCAAAAGGAAGUGAACAGGCGCUGCAGGGGGACCACCAGCCACGUCAGGGUGAGUGUUUGCGGGGGGGGGGGGACGGGACCUCGUCUUUCUUCCUUUCUUUCAAGUGCAUUUGGAGAGUGUACACCGACCCAAGCUGGAAAGGGAGAUGCACGCACUGCUGAGUGUGCAGAUGUGUAUACACACACACACACGUGCACACAGCCGUUUUGUGCGUCCUCAAAGCGGUGGGCGCCCGCCUGCGUGUGCAAAUCCGAUUCAGGCAGGAGGGAAGGAAGCAAGCGAUGUGUCGGAGGGCUUUGGAAUUCCCUGAACGCAAAGCAGGCUGAGCUUCAGGGCUGAGCAAAGGGAUGGAAAUCCCUGCUGGUGUGUAGUGAGCAUGGGUGUUGGUUGUGUAGAAAGCAAUGCCAGGGGGAGGCGGUGUGCCCAGCCCAGACCAGAGAGGGUGCAUGCUUGAAUUGCUAGAUUGUGCAAUGGAAAGCCUGUGUGCAGCUAAAUUGUCUGGUGUACGUGUGCGCAUAAACUGCUUUCAGCACAUGGUUUUUGCAGGAAAUGUGGCAUGUUCAUAAACUGACCAUGACUCUCUCUGUGUGUGUGUGUCCCAGUGUUAGAGCAUCUGCCUUUCGUGCAAAAGUUUAAUUCCUAGUUUAAUUCCUGACACUUCCAGGUACAGCUGAAACCCUGGACAGCUGCUGCCAGUCAGUGUAGGUGAUACUGAGCUGGAUGGGCCAAUGUUCUGAUUCUUUGUGAAGCAGCUUCCUCUGUGUAUAUGCAGGUGUGCAAGUGUACCGUAUAUGUGCCACGAAGCACAGAGGCACGUGCAGAACGCAGUACUUCGCACGAGGGGGUUUUCGCUCGCGAGGAGCGUUCUUUGGGGGAUGCUCGCAUUACUUAUUCUUAUAACGAUUAAUUACUGUAGCCCCAUCAAUGUCAAACACACUUUACAUAGUUUCCCAGGAAAGAGAGAGGCAGAGGUCCCUGCCCUCAGGGAGACCACAGUACAAAUGCUGCCAGUGGGGGGAAUCAGCAUUCAGGCUCCCGUUUCUUAAUGGGAGCAUUACGUUAUUGGGGUGGGCGAACUAUUUGUGGAGCAGAAUUCCGUGCUACUUUGGUAGGGGGAGGCUGAGAAGGGAGAGCUACUUCCUAAGGCCCUCCCCGCUGCAAGAUCUCAUGGGAGAUGUUGGGGGUCUAGAAUGACAGGCUGCUCCAGGAUGGAAUGGGGAAGCAGUGAGAGAGAAAAAGCAGAGAGGUUUAAAAAGGUGAGGCAGCAGUUGGUGGGAAAGGCUUCUGCUUGUAAUCCUGCCUGUCAGAGCAACUGGCCAGAUCAGGUGUCGCUAAACUACAACUCCCAUCAUCCCUUGCCAUCAGCCGUGUUGGCAGGGGCUGAUGGGAGCUGUGGUUCAGCAACAUCUGGAAGGCCAAAGGUUCCCCACACUUGAGCUACAUGGAUAAACAGUCUGGCUGGUUAUAAGGCAGGCUUUGCCAUCCUAGUGCCCCUUCCAGAUGUUCUGAGCUGCGACUACUGGCUGCGUUGGCUGGGGCUGACGGGUGUUGCUUUCAAACAACAACAUCUGGAGGGUGCCAGAUCGGUGGAGAUUGUCUUACAGAUAUCUGCCAGAGAUAAUCGGGGUAUAAGGAGAAGCAAGAACAAAGUACAGUGGUAUCUCGGGUUAAGUACUUAAUUCGUUUCGGAGGUCCGUACUUAACCGGAAACUGUUCUUAACCUGAAGCACCACUUUAGCUAAUGGGGCCUCCCGCUGCUGCUGCGCCGCCGGAGCACAAUUUCUGUUCUCAUCCUGAAGCAAAGUUCUUAACCUGAAGCACUAUUUCUGGGUUAGCGGAGUCCGUAACCUGAAGCGUAUGUAACCUGAGGCGUAUGUAUACCGAGGUACUACUGUAGUGGAACAAGGCAGGGCUAACCCUUAGCCAGGAAUUUUGCAGGAAGGAGGAGUUGCGAUAAUCCUUGCAAACCAGCCAGAGCAUAAAUGCAGAUUGCCCUACUCCAGCCGAAAAAGUUAUUUCAUUGUCUUGCUUCCUAUGGACUAGAAUCUUGCCUGCCCAUUAUCUCUGCAACAGCUAGAUAGAGACGGAAUGUGUUUAGCUUUUUUUAACAGCAGCUGAACAAAAGAGCCAGGGUGCUGUAAGGGUUAAGAGUGUCUGAUCCGCACUCCGACAUGAUGCUCACUGAGUGGCUGUGGGUCAUUCCCUGGCUAUGCACCCACCGUGCAUUUAAAGGACCUGGUUUCCCCAAAAAGAAUCCUGGGAACUGCAGUUUACCCCUCGCAGAGCUACUAUUCCCAGCAUCGCUAAGAAACUACAGUUCUCACGAUCCUUUGCGUGGAAGGCAGGUGCUUUAAAUGUACGCUGUGUACGGAAUCACUGUCUCUCACCCUAAUCCGCCUCACAGGGUUGUUGUGAGGAUAAAAACGGGGAGGAUGAGAAUCACCUUCAUCACCUUGAGCUCCUCUGAAGAAAGGUGGGGUUGAAAUGCAAUGAAAGUCAGGGAGAAGGGAUUAGAAUAUCCAGUUGGUGGACAGUCUCUCCCCCCCCCCCCAAUCAUCCAAGGCAGUGUGGUGAUGCAAUUCCUUUUUUCUGCAAACGCUCCGAGGGCGGAGCGUUCUCCCCCUCUGCAUCCCCAAGUGCUGCACUCGGCUGUCGCGCGCAAUCGCCCCUCGCUUGCCGGGCACACGGUUGAUGGAAAUAACAGCGCUGUCGCCCCAGAUUAGUGUCGCUGGGCUGUGUGGCUGUUCUGCAAAAGAACCUCCGGGAGAAGGAGACUUUUGUGCUGGCUGAGUGUGUGGGCGGGGACGCAGGCAAGCCAAGAUUAUAAUUCCUAGGUUUUUUAAAAUUUUAUUUUAAAGGGGUGGCAGAAGAUAGGAGCAGAACCGCGGGGCUUUGGCUGCAGAUGGGUAUAUAUGGGUCACUAGGAAAUAGCGGACUUUGGGACUGCGGGAUGUGGAAGAGGGAGAGGCGAGGAGCAGGCAGAGGAAAUACGGGGUGUUUGCAGAGGGGGGAUUGUAUUAUCUGCAUGCACGUGUUACACGAAACAAACACAUGCACACACAAUUUAGCUGUGAGUCCUGUAUCGUGGGGGGUUUGGACUGUAUGACCUUUGGGGAUCCCUUGCAGGUGGUGGAUGAAGGAGGGGAUAGAGAUUUGGAGAGGGAGGGUCCCAUAGAUCUAGGGCGGAGCUCGCUGCUUUCCACAUAGAAGUGUGCAGGUUCAGUGUCUGCACCUACAGCUAAAACAGAGGUGGGAAAAUUCAUUCAGCCCAAGAGCCAGGAAGGUUUCUGGGGGCUGCAUGCCAGUGGUGGGAGGGGCCAGAGGCAAAAGUGGGCGGGGCAACAAAUGCACACGUAACUUUUGUACAGUAGGCAAAUUUCUACACUCAGUCACACAUCCUCCAUCCAAGCAACCAAAAGGCAUGGUCAGAGUUCAUGGACCAAUCCCAGCCAGGCAGAAAUACUCCAGGAGGGUGUGGAGCAGGCAUUGGCCCUCCAGAUGUUUUGGGACUACAACUCCCAUCAUCCCUAGCUAACAGGACCAGUGAUCAGGGAUGGUGGGAGUUGUAGUCCCAAAACGUCUGGAGGGCUGAGUUUGCCUAUGCCUGGUGUGGAGGGAGGGCCAUUGAGGGGUGUGGCCCGGAAGAGGGGGUGUGGCUUCAAGAAGGUGGGGGUAACCUAGCAAAACCAUCCAUUAGCAUAUAAACUAGUGACUUUACAGUGUCAACCGCACAGUGUUUCUCAAACUUGCGUCACCGGCUGUUGUUGGACUAUAACUCCCAUCAUCCCUGACCAUUGGUCCUGCUGGCCAAGGAUAAGCUGAACCUAGCAGGAGAGCUUACUCUAUGGUCUUAACCCUUUCAUGCAUUAAUUAAACUUAGGCAUGUUGGUUAUAUGAGGUUGGUUAUCCCACAGUUUGGGCGUUGAGGGAGAGCGGCACAGACCUCAGGGCAGAGACAGCCUUCCCUAAGCUGGCACCCUCCAGAUGCCAUUGGACUACAACUCCCAACAGCCCUGCCUGCAAGGCCAGAGGCCGGGAAUGAUGGGAGUCGUGGUCCGACAACAUCUAGAGGGCUAAAAGUUGGGGAAGGCUGCUGUGCAGCAACCACACACAAACUCAGAGAGAGAGAGAGAGAGAGAGAGUUCUUAAUUUUUGUUUGUCUCUGUUUUAGUUUCUUCCUCCGCAGUCCCAGGAGCCUUGUUCCCCAGGCGGCACGCAGCGAAAGGGUUUCUUAGCAAGCCUGGCAAACAUCACAAGGCUGCUGUGGUCCUUGGUGUCUCGAUCAAACGCUCACACACACAAGCCACACACACAGAGCCCUUGAGCGGCUUCUGCCCUUCAGAACAGAGGCUGCCUCCCUCCAUCCCAGAAGUGUGAAAAAUGCUUGCAGAGGAGGGUGUUGCUGGGCACGUGCUCACACCCUCAAUGCCCACAACCCCCCAAAAGCAGAGUGCUUUUCUUCUUCUUAUUCUCUCUCUCUCUCUCUCUCUCUCUCUCUCUGUGUGUGUGUGUUGGAAGAUGCGAUUUUGGAAGAGGAUGGCUAAUCUCUCCUUGGCACGGAACCUAGCGCCUUUGAAUCUUUUUCCAAGUCCCUGCAGGGAAAUGUGGCAGGGAGCUGUAUUUUUCUUGAUAACACGGCUUUAAUGGGGAUUGGGGGGAGAUGCAUCAAGAAAGCAGGAUUGGGGGGGGGGGCGGGAGAAAGAGAAAGGAGGCUGAUCCAGGAUCUCCUCCUCCUGUUCCAGCAGCACAUGAAGUGCUGGAAAGAUCUGAGGGUGGGGGAGUUAACAUGUUUGUCUCCCAUCAGAAAGCCUUUUUGCUAAACCUGACCCAAUUUAUAUCUAGAGAGAGAGGAUGUUUUUAAAAGCAAGAGGGGGAAUAAGGAAUUUAGUUAAGCAUUCAUUGGCUCUUAGUGGCAUUCUCCUCUCUCUCCCCCCCCCCCCCAGUUUUUAACCACAGAUGAAAUUAGAUGCUGCUUGAUUGUAAAAUCAUCAUCAACAUCAUAUUGUAGAAUUGACAGAAGGGGCCCCAGGGUCAUCUAGUCCAACCCCCUGCCGUUCAUUAUUUACAUGAAUGAUCAUGUAAUUCAUGGCAUCAAAAGCAGGGUGGAUAUACCAAGUGAAAGGAUUUAAACAUAAACAGAGGGAGAAGGAGGUCAUUAAUUGAUCGAAACCCACUUUCCACCAAUUAACGACUACCUCUCAGUUUUCCCAUGUGUAAAAUUGGAAUGAAAUAGUGGGCAAGCUUCACCGCUUUGUGAGGGCAGAUGCAGCAAGGAUUUCGUCAGCACAUCCAGCGUGGGUGUACCCCACGGUAAAAAGAAAAGAUGAAAGGACGGAAGGAAAGGAAUAUUAAGAUAUACCAGGGAUGAUGGCUAGAGCUGGCCAAGCAAGUAGCAUGUAGAGCUAAGUCAUAAGCCCACAAUUCCAGACAAGUGCACAACCCACAAGACGCAGAAUUUAGCAAUCUAAGAAUUAUCAGUUUUUGAGGGUUUCUUUUUUCUUAAGACUCUAGCCCUUAAGGCUGCGAUAAGGCUGUUAUAAAGAAUUUAUUCGUUUAUUGCAUUUAUAUCCCAUCAUUCUCCCAAGAAGUUCAAGGCUGUAUACAUGGUUCUCCCCUUCUGAUCCCCACAACAACCUUGGAAGGUAGGCUGAGAGCCAGUGACUGGCCUGAGGUCCCUCAGUGGGCUUCAUGACCAAGGGGGCAUCUGAAUCCUGGUCUCUCCCAAGUCUGAAUCCGACACCCUAACUACUACACCACACCGACUCUCACUGUGAAUAAUGUCUGCUGGAACCUUUUAAAUUAGAGGUGCACUCAUUACAAUUGCUAGCAAUUCAGGGAACAGAGGUCUAUUCCCUUUCCCAUGAAAAGCCGGCACUAGAUAAGAAUAUGGUGAAAAUAAAUCAGUAAAUCUGACAGAAAAGCAACACUGGAAUCUCAUUUCCCCCCUCCAAGGCACAAUUUGUCAAUUAUGAUAUAAGUGCCAAAUGUAUGCAUGCAGCAAGCUAUCACAACACUAAAAUACAUGACCAAAAACCCCAACAAACCAUACCUGGAUUUAGUCCAGAGAAUUGGCUACCUGCUUAAGUCGGGACAAAACGAUGACACCUGUCUGGGGAGGGUGAGCGAAGGAGCAAAAUGCCACAGGUGAGGGAAGCAGCUGUGAAGAUUUCUGGCACAAAGCCUCUGCCACAGGUGUGGGGAGCCUUUGGCUCUCCAGAUGUUGUCGGACCACAUGCUUCAUUAGCCAAUCGGGAAACCUAGAGUACAGCCAAUCAGAGCCUGAGGAAAAACUCCCAGGCCUGGUGGCCAGACACUGGCUUCUCAGGGUGCUUCUGGUGAUGCAUUAAUGUAAUUUGAGCCUGUGGCUCUGCAGACCACAAGCUAUGGCGACUGGGAGUGGUUGUAACACCUGGAGGGCCACAGGUUCCUCAUGCAUGGGCUUCGUCAGGUUUUGAAUGUAAAGGAAAGCGUCCCCUGAGCAUGUGCAGAGAGCUUCACUUCUUGGUGCUGAGUAACCCAAAGCCAGUUGCCUCACCCAUUAUCUGGAGAAAGAUGGGGGCGAGAAAUACAUGGGGAAUGUCCAGUUGCCAAAGCGCGAGACUCUUAAUCUCAGGGUCAUGUGUUCAAGCCCCUCAUUGGGCAAAAGAUUCCUGCAUUGCAGAGGGGUUGGGCUAGAUGACCCUCAUGGUCCCUUCCAACCCUACAGUUCUAUAAUUCUAUCUCAAAAGCUUGGAAGCCUUUGCCUGCUGUGGGGAAGACCAGUCAGGUUGGCGUUCCUGGCAAGUCCCCCUGGGGAGGGCAUUCCACGACUGGCGUGCCAACUCCUAGAAGGCAUUCUCUGGAAGACAUCCGCUUCGCUACCCAUGGCAGCCUUCCCUGUUUAAUGUAGGGAUGGAGAACCUGCAGCCCUCUCUAUGUUGCCGGGAUACCAGCCAGCAGGGCCAAUGGUGGGAGUUUUCACCCAGUGUCAGAUCUGGAGGGCCGCAGAUUCCCCUGCCUCUCUCAAAGGCUACAUGCACACUGGGACCUGCAGUCAGUGGCGGACCCACAUUUUGGGGGCCCUGAAGAAUGAACUGCUAUGGGGUCCCCUUCACAACCAACAACAAGGUCCGGGUAAUCUUAGUUAAAAGGGUUGUUCCACAACAGUUCACCACAAUUUUUUAAAAUUAAAAAAUAGCCACUACAUUUCAUAUUUUGAUUAAAAUUGCUCUACUAGACUAUUUCACAUCUCAAAGUCACUUGUGUGAAUUCAAGUUAUUUGCGGGGUGUGUGUGAAAAUUAGGGAAAUGUUAUUUACAUUCAUGAUGCGUCAUAAAAUGAUUGUGAGUUGUGUGAUUCAAAUUGGGUCUACUAGACCCAAUUUUUUAAAAAGCAAUGCAGAGUAAAGUCAUUUCGGGGGGGGGGCUGGGAUUAGGGGCCCUGAAAUUUAAGCUUCAUUAGUUUCAUAGUAGAUCUGCCCCUGGCUGCAGUUUGUUAGAAGCGCUGGGAAUUAUAGCUGUCUGAGGUGUAAACUAGAGUGCCCAGGAUUAUUUGAGGGGAAAUAAUGUGUUUGAGUGUGCGAUUCCCACAUUGUAAUACAGUGGUACCUCGGGUUAAGUACUUAAUUCGUUCCGGAGGUCCGUGCUUAACCUGAAACUGUUCUUAACCUGAAGCACCACUUUAGCUAAUGGGGCCUCCUGCUGCUGCUGCCACGCUGCUGGAGCCCAAUUUCUGUUCUCAUCCUGAAGCAAAGUUCUUAACCUGAAGCACUAUUUCUGGGUUAGCGGAGUCUGUAACCUGAAGCGUCUGUAACCUGAAGCAUCUGUAACCUGAGGUACCACUGUAUCUGGAUCGUGUGGGGUGGCAGAGCUCAAUGAAACCUUAAACACCCCUGACAAAAGGAAGAAAACAUGAGCGCCAACUUGCUGCAUGCUCUUCUGAGCCCGGUUUUUUGAACCGGGAAGGGCAGGGUAUAAAUAAAAAAAUAUUAUUAUUGUAUAUUAUUAUCUCUCCCUCCCUCCCUCUCUCUUUCCCCCUGCAGUUCACCUUUCCCAAUGCCUCCCUCGCCUCUGGAAGAACGGAUCGGCGUGCUGCAGCGACCCAAAACUUUGGCCUUGCGCCUCAACCACAGCUUUGCCAACGGGGGCACCCCAGGCGGUGGCGAGAAGCAGCCCCCGGCGGCCUCCAGAGGGUCUGGCCAGGCCGCCCCAGCUCCCGCGAAGGCGCCCUGCGACGAGGCCGCACGCCGGGGGACGCCGGGCCUCCUGCAGCCCAACCACUCUCACACCAUUGACAUCAAGCUGACGGUGGGAGGCGUGCAGAGCCUGUCGCCUGAGAGGAACGUCUCCCUUCAGUUGGACCUCAAGCAGGCCGAGCCUAAGCCGAAAGGCCUCGCUGGGCCCCAGCUGAAGGUCUUCUUGCCCCAGGCGAAGCUCAAGAAGCGCUGCUUCAAGGAGAACUCCAAACCGGCGGUGCUGGACACAUCCACCAGCUCCUCCUGCCUCUCCAGCCCCGCCAUGCACCCCCUCAAAUGCGGAUGCCGCGGCUGCUGGCGCCUCAUGCGCUGCGAGGACGCCGGACCCAAGGGCGGCUUGCUCUCCCUGGGCUGCUUCUCCUGCCGUUCCAGUCUGCGCUCCCUCAGCUGCUCCAGCUGCAGCCCGCCGUCCGUCAAGAAGCUGGGGUGCCUGCCCUGCGCCCCCUCCUCGGCCCUGCGCUCCCUGGCCUGCCUGGCUUGCAACCCCUCAGUCAAGUCGGGCAGCUCCUCCUGUAGCUUCUGCAGCAGCGACCCCAUCGUGGCCUACGACCCCCGGGCGGGCUCGUCCCCGGCCCCCAGCUGCGGGGACGACGAUGACUACAGCGUCCGCACCAUCUGGCCCGACGAGCUGGCCAAGAAAAUGACACGGUCCCGGGCGCAACAGCAGCAGCAGCAGCACGUCUCCCCACUCAUCCUGGACUGCCGCAACCUGAUGGAAUACACCAAGAGCCAGCUUCAGGGCGCCAUGCGCUUCGGAGCAGCCGACGCAGCGGGCCGGAGGCGGCUCCAGCAGGGGAAGAUGGCCAUGCUGGAUUUCAUCUCCUCGCGGGGAGGCUGCGACGCAAGGGACUCCUCGCUGCAGCGUCUCUGGGCCAAGGAGCCCGGCGGCCGCGCCAGUCCGGAGCCUCUCCCUGCCAGCCCCCCCAAGCCCCGCAAAACGCAGCCCUCCCAGAAUCUCCACCUGGUGCUAGAUCUGCUCAACAAAGAUGGCGGGCAGGAAGGGGUCGGCCGGAGAGGUGAGCUGGGGGUUCUAGGUGCCGACCGCUGUGGUGGCGGCAGAAAUUGCAUUGGUGUGUCAAAAGUUCUUUCUCCUGGGGCCACCACCUCCCUAGUUGCCCUGAGCCUUCUUCUGGUCCGAGGGGAAUGCGUUCUGGGCUAACACAGUGUCUCCCCGCUUUAAAGAACUCCUGCCUCCAGACAAGAGGUUGAUUAUUUCUGCAAGGCUGCCGCUUAUCCAUCAGCCUUGAGUUUCCCUCGGGUCCUUCUCAGGCUUCCUGAGGUUAUAUUUUUCCUUAUUACAUUUUGUUCCACAUUGAACUACCUGUUUCCUGGUUGGUAAUAAUAAUAAUAAUAAUUUAUUAUUUAUAGGCCACCCAUCUGACUGGGUUUCCCCAGCUACUCUGGGUGGCUCCCAACAGAAUUAAUGAUAUAAUAAUAAUAAUAAUAAUAAUAAUGUAAAAAGCAAUAAAACAUCAGACAUUAAAAACUUCCCUGAACAGGGCUGCCUUCACAUAUCUUCUAAAAGUCAGAUAGUUGUUUAUUUCCUUGACAUCUGAUGGGAGGGUGUUCCACAGGGUGGGUGCCACUACUGAGAAGGCCCUCUGCCUGGUUCCCUGUAACCUCAAUCUUGCAGGGAGGGAACCUCCAGAAGGCCCUCAGUGCUGGUCCUCAGUGUCUGGGCAGAACAAUGGGGGGGGGGAGAUGCUCCUUCAGGGCCAAGACCGUUUAGGGCUUUAAAGGUCAGCACCAACACUUUGAAUUGUGCUUGGAAACAAACUGGGAGCCAAUGUAGGAUGUAGACUCCCCUUGAAAGCCACAGGGAGAAAGGAAGUUUGGAGGAGAACCAUAGAUGCUCCCUAGAGCUCAUUGGGGGAGAUAUGGGAAAUUAAACCACAAAACAUUAUGUUGAUAGAAUGAAUACAGCAGGAAGACACAACAGGGCAGUUCUUUCCAUGCAUGUUUUCCCUAUGCCAAUUGGGUUAGGUUUAAGAUUUGCACCACUCCACCAUCUCUUUGGUGACCUCAUCCCAGCUGCAUGAGCAGAUGGCAAGAUGCGAAGGGGGGCUUCACACACCCCCAGUUCCCCCCCACCUCACUUUUAGCACCUGUUCAAAACCCCGUUGAACCAGAAUGAACUCUACCCAGCUGGUAGCAUGACAUCAUUUCUUUGACCUUCUUUCACACUUGCCCCCUCCCUUCUCCCCAGCCCCUGCCAGCCCCCACCAUGGAGGGUGGGGUGUCAUUUUACAUAGCAGAUGUUUUAGGUCAGGAAGAAGAACAAGUCCCCUCCCUUUUCGCCCCCACCUUCCUCCCACAGAAAACUGCAAAGGGGAAGGGGGAAGCCACUCCAAGUGAUUUGGUUAGCACCAAUUUGGAGCAUACGGAGUUCCCUUAUACGGAAUUGGACCGCUGACCUAUCUAGCUCAGGGCUGCCUGCUCUGACUGGCAGCAGCUCUUGGGGUUUCAGGCAGGGAGCUUUCCCAUCCCUAUCUAGAGAUGUCACUGGGGGGUUGAACCUGCAUUUAAGCAGAGGCUCUCACACGACCUUUUUCAGGGGUUGUUUCUGUGAGGUGGGCACAGAAGAGAUUCAGAAACUCACAACUUAGAAUAUUACUCUGCCACCAAAUUGACCAGCUUUGGGUGUCACACAGAGCUCUUUUCCCGUGUUGUGCCUUUAGGUAAUUUUAUACCUUGGACUUCAGCAUCUGGCUGGGAUGGGGGUGGCUGGAGAGGCUCUUUGGUGCCCCACCUGCCCACCAGUGGUGGCCAGUGGUCAGGGGUGAUGGGAAUUGUAGUGCAAAACAUCUAGAGCAGGUGCAGCGGGCAAAGGGGGGAACCUUUGGCUCCCCAGAUGCUGAUGAACUACACAUCCCAUCAGUGCCAGCAAGGAUAGCGUACGACCAGGGAAGAUGUGAGCCAUAGCUCAACCACAUCUGGAGGGCUAAAGGACCCCCACACCUGAUCCAGAGCGCCCCCCCAUUCACUUGCUUCAAAAUUAGGGAGCGCCAGCCCUGCUGUGUUUCCAGCUCCCUGUCCCCAACACACCUUUUUCUGAGUGGGGCUCUGUGCCUACACUUCCAUCCAAACCUCCCACCUUGGCAGCAUGACCGGCAGGUCAUUGGGAGGGCAGCUGCUUUGCAGGGGGAAAGUCCCUGGUUUCAUCCACAGCAUCUCCAGGUAAGGUUAGGGAGACCACGCCGCCCCAAAAUCCUGGAGUGGUGCUGACUGUCAGUGCAGACAAUACUGAGAUAGGCAAUUGUCUAUCACUGCAGUCUAGUGCAAAACUCCUUGAGGAUCAUUUGAUGCAAACACUCCAAAUAAAUAAGGAAAUGAGAGCAAAAUGUUUUGCCUGUGCUCACAUCCUUGGUUUCUAACUGCUCAGCCAAACCUACUGAUCGAUUAAAACUUCGCAGCCCUAAUUAAAAUUGAAUUAUUACAAUUCAUUUCUUUACUCGCUUACACAAAGCUUUUUAUCCUGCCAGAAAAGGCUCCCAGAUCAGCUUACAAAUGUCAGUGGUAAAAUAGUCCCUGCCCUCAGGCUUAAUUUAAAGAAAGUGAGAAAGAAAGAAAGAAAGAAAGAAAGAAAGAAAGAAAGAAAGAAAGAAAGGGGGCACACACAAAAGGAAAACAGAUUGGGAGGGAGGAGGAAAAAAUAAAACUCAAGCACUUUUUCUGCACAAUGCUUCCACCCCAGGGACUCAACCCCUUUGCUUUGUGUUUUGACCACAGGCAGUCUGAUUGGGCCAGAUGUUGCGGACGGCCCAGAUGACUUGGGGCCCCCACUCACGCCUGACCUGGAGAACGCUGAGCUGAGCCCCAUUCUGCCCUUCCUGUUCCUGGGCAACGAACGAGACGCGCAGGACCUCGAACGGAUGCUGAGCCUCAACGUGGGGCACGUUCUCAACGUCACCACCCACCUGCCCCUGUACCACGCCGACAGCGGGCGCCUGCGCUACAAGCGCCUCCCCGCCACCGACAACAACCGCCAGGACCUGCGCCAAUACUUCGAGGAAGCUUUUGAGUUCAUUGGUGAGGUCUAGUCCUGGGGCGAAAUAAAGGGGAGGCUGUAGCUCAGUGGUAGAGCGUCCGUCUUGCAUGCAGCGGGUCCCGGGUUCAAUUCCUGGCAUCUCCCUCUGGAAUGGUCUUUUAUUUGAAACCCUGAUGAUUCAAAGCCAGCCAGGAUAGACAAUAGGUAGAUGGAUCAAGGGGUCUGACUCUGUACAGGGCAGCUUCCUAUGUUCCUCAUUUCUAUUUUCCUCCCAAUCUGUUUCCCUUUCUAAAAAAAACUUUGCUGCCUGUUCGCCUGGGGCCUAUUCUUAACUCGCCGUAGGCGAACAGGCAAGGAGUUGUGUGUGAAAUGGAAUUUAGUCCAGGAAGCAUUUGUGUGCACCCCCUUUCUCAGGUUAGCGUUGACGCUGUUUCUCCCCUCCCCCCUUCCCUUACUCCAGAGGAGGCACACCAGAGCGGCAAAGGAGUCCUCAUCCACUGCCAGGCCGGUGUCUCCCGCUCAGCCACCAUCGUCAUCGCCUACCUGAUGAAGCACACGCUCAUGACCAUGGGCGACGCCUACAAGUAUGUCAAAGGCCGAAGGCCCAUCAUCUCGCCCAACCUCAACUUCAUGGGGCAACUGCUGGAGUUCGAAGUGGACCUCAACGCCGGCGUCACACCCCGGAUCCUCACCCCCAAGCUGGCCGGAGUGGAGACCGAAGUGUGAACAAGAUGGGGGUGCAGGAUGAGCUCCGUCAAUCUCAGGGCUGGGAAGAAGAGGAAGGGGGGGCGGGAGUGCAAUAAGGGGACUGAUGGACGGCAAGUGAGGGCUGAAGCAGUGAGCAGGAAUUCGGGGAGGGGGGCUUCUCAACUACUUUAUUACAUCCCCCCCCCACUUGAGGGAACUUUGCUUGGAUACCUUUCUAAGUCCACCAACCUGAAAACGCUCAGCGUACAAGGCGACAGACAACGCCAAAGACUGAUGGCGCUCCGUUCUGUAGGUACCGCUGCUGCUGCUGCUGCCGCCAUCGGAAUUUUGGGGAACAGUUAUUUCUACAAUGACUUCUGAAAAAAAACUUUCUUACCUUCGUGGGGUGGGGAAUGGGUGGUGUGUGUGUUCGUGUGUGUGUGUGAUCAUGCUGGGUUUUAAUUUAUUGGGGUGGGGAGUGUGUGUGUGUAUAAAUUGGGGGGGGGGAGUUCUCUUUGUCUUCUCCCCAGUUUUUUUGAUCCAGAUGCUGAUAUUGCCUUGCUUUCCACCACGAUGGACUAAUUUGGGGCUGGGGUAUCCUAAGCAAUUUACACGUGUGUUUGUGUGUGUGUGUGUGUGUGUGUGUGUGUGUGCAGUAAUGGAAGAGGGGGUGUCCAUGGGGAACAUUGCGGGUGUGAAACUCCUCUCCCCCCCCCCAAUUCCCACCAGAUUUUAAUGCUCAGGAUCACAGAAUCUCUUCUGGAUAAGAGUGUGGGUGGAAAGAAGGGGGGGGCAAUUCACAAUUAAUCUCCCCCCCUCCUUUGCUUGGGGUGUAUGUGUGUUUGGGGGGGGGGAGAAGAGCCCUCAGUUCUGCCCUCUCAUCUAGUUAUUUAUUUGAACUGUAAUUGCUGCUUAGACUCUUUUGACCACCAACCUGUUAUGUGGCUCUUAACAAGGGUUAAUACUGUGGAACUGAUGAUAUUAUGGGAUGGGGGCGGGGACUGGACCCUCCUUUUCCUCCUGCCCCUUCCCUCAAACAUAUUGUUAAGCACUUCUCCCCCCUUUCCCCUCCCCUUCUCAGGGUUAUAUGAUGUAACUGGAACUUGUCUUCCAUUAAUUAAGGGGUUCGGGGUUUUUUGACAAUGGGGAAGGGAUGCUGAAACUGGCGGGGGGGGGAGUCCCCCUAGGACUCUCUAGCUCCCCUAAAUUUUAUUUUAGGUUUCUUGGGGCUGGUAUGGAGUGGGUGUCGUUGUCUCCCCCCAGCUAAUUUAUAUUACGAUGCAAUAUAUACACAAAAAUUUUGGUUGUUAAUGUUAGGUGCUUUAAAGUGUCCCUGCCCCCCACCUCCGGCUCCUCUUCCCGCACCGCACAAAGAGGAGACAGGGUGUGACAUGCGUCCCUUCAUGUCAGUGGUCUUUCAGCCGUUCCCAGUCUUUUCCCAAACAGAAUUUGAACCCAUCACCAGCAAGGAGCAAGUGGGGGGAUAAACGUUAUGGAGGCUAUGGGCCCCAUCUCUCCACCAGCGAACUCGCCAGUCAUACAAAAUGGAAAAGCCCAACAUCCCAGUCCGUCAAGCUGUGGCACAAUAUUUGUUUGUUUGGGGAUGGGGUAAUUUCCCUUGUAAUCAUCAACAUCUCAUCAUUUCUGUAGAUGUAAAAAUACAUUGUGGAAGACGUUGCUCUCAUCCCCAGGUUCUCACCAAUGUAGCACUCUCUGGAAGUUGCUAGACUCCAGCUCCCAUCAUUCCUGACCAUUGGGGCUGAUGGGAGUUGGAGUCCAGCAACAUCCAGAGUGUCAUCCCACCCAUCCUCAAAUACUCCCAGAAUCCUAAGCGGGAUGGCAUGGCACCCACUUGGAACUUGUAAUUUUCUGGGUGGCUGGAAAAACACCCAAUAGCCAAGAGGCCAGGAGAUGCAAUAAGGUAGCCUGUUCAGCCCUCAGCUUGAUGAUCAGAAAUUACUGGUUCAAGGACCUAUUACAAGACGCCAUAGAUGUGCCCCCCCCCCGCCCGCGAUUGAGCAGGGGCCACAUCUGACCAGACCAGCGCUCCAAACUGCCAUUGAAAUGUUUUUUAAAUCAAUGCCCCCUGGCCCCACAAAGAAAUGUUUUAAAAUCCUCCAGCCCCCAAAUUUCACUUCAGCUAUUGAGGUUGGGGUGAUGGUGGUGGUAGCACCUAAACAUGAAAGUGGGAUCUGUGUCAGAAUGAUUGAUGUUUGUGGCUGAGCUGCAGACAAAUCUUCGCUCUCGCCUCUUCUGGAAUGCAGAGAUGCAGAAAGGCUUCUGUCUGGCUUUGGCGGCUAAGUGAUGUUUGCCCAGCUGUGGAAGGGAGCAGUUCUGCUCAGUGCUUAGAGCCUUGUAUGCAGAAGGUCCCAGGUUCAAUCCCUGGCAUCUCCAGGCAGGACUGGGACUGUCCCUUACCUGAAACCCUGGAAGGCUGCUGCCAGCUGGUGUAGACACUACUGAGCUGGAUGGAGCAAUGGGUCCAGUGCAGCAUAAGGCUUGAUGUUCCUAAGGAACAGCAAAGCACCCUCUGCUCCCCCCACCCCUCCCCUGGUGCAGAUCCAGAGUGGCUGGUGAAUGCAACAGUUCCUCCCCCCUUUUUUCCAUUUAAAGAGUUUUGUAGUGAAACUAAAAUGCCCCACCCCAUCCACCCGCUGGACAGGAAGCUGAUGUGGUCAAGACUAUAAGGUUCCCCCCUUCCCUUCCCUGCUGUGUCUUUUUGGAUCUCGUCUUUGUUAUUUAUUGGGCCCAAGUGUGAGGCCCCAGCGUCAUAAUUUAUUAAACGUGGUCUUUCUCUUUUUUUGUAACAA